AUGUCAUCUCGAGCAAGGAAGGUAGUGUGGACCGAUGGAUGUUUUGAUGUGUUCCACUAUGGACAUGUGAAUGCGCUGUAUCAGUCAAGGAAGCUUGGAGAAUACCUGAUAGCAGGUGUACAUUCGUCAGAGAGCAUCUGCAAGGAGAAAGGGCUUCCUGUGAUGAACAAUGAUGAAAGGUAUGAGAUGCUUGAGGGAUGCAGGUAUGUCGAUGAGGUGGCAAAGGAUGUGCCUUUUGUUACACAGCUGAGCAUGAUGAAGAAGUACGGAGUUGAUAUAGUUUGCCAUGGGAAUGACAUAGUUCUUGACUCCAAUAACCAAGACUCGUAUCAUCAGGUUAGAGACAUAGGAAUGUUUAGGGAGGUGGAGAGAACUAUAGGGAUAUCUACUACAGAGUUGGUUGGAAGAAUGCUGCUCAAUAUGGGAGGAGGGCAACUUACAUUGAAUAAAAGUGGGCAGGAACACACAGACUAUCAUGAUGAGUUAUUGGGAUUGCUUGAAGCAGACAUGAAGAGGGAAAGGAAAGGGAAGGUUGUUUUUAUUGAUGGUAAUUUUGAUUUGUUCCAUGCAGGACAUGUUGUGUCAUUGAGGAUAGCAAGGAUGAUGGGAGAUUACUUGGUGGUGGGACUUCACGACAAUGAGACAACAAAGGAGUAUACGAAGAGCAAUCCUGUUAUGAACCUGAAGGAGAGGAUGCUUACGCUGAUGUCUUGUAAGUAUGUUGAUGAGAUUGUUAUUUCUCCAUAUUGCAUUGACCGAGACUUUGUUGCCACUCAUGGGAUUGAUGUGGUUGCGCCUUCGUUUGACUCUAAGGAUCUUUCAAGGUAUGAUGCGAUCAGGGAGAUUGUACAGCACAGCUAUGCAGAGAACAAGUUUAACUACUUGUCUGCAGAGCAUAUAGUCAACAGGAUAAUACUGAACUAUCAGAAUUAUGUGGAAAGACAGAAGAAAAGGCUUGCGAAGGAAGUGUGA